CCAUACUCUCCCUAGUUUGAGUAGCACAUAGUAAAUGAUUAAAUAAUGAGUAUGAUUACUUUAUUUACAUUUAAUGGUUGGUGCUGCUGCUGCCUGUCGUCUGGUGGCUUCCUCUUCAACCUACUCCUAAAAAAUUAACAUUCUUAUUCUCUGAACAUACAAUUACUCUCCUUCUACUUCUCCACUGUAUUUUAAGUACUUGGCUUUUCCCUCUUUGUACUUCCAUCCAAAAUAUUGGUGUUGCAGAGUCGAAAUCAUAAUCUAUCGAGGUGAUUUUGAUUUUCGAAAAAUCAAAAGAAAAAAGAAGAAAAGCGUACAAGGAUGGUAGGAUUCGUUCCUAAUAACAAUAAGAGAUGGUUGGUUUGCCAAUAUUCAUUUCUAAAGACAAUAUUUGUGGUGAUUGCAUUUUGUAUGUGGACUGUGCCAAUAUGUGCAGUUUCAUCCCAAUUGAAGUUUAAUAAAAAAGGGGAGUUUAAGAUUUUGCAAGUUGCAGAUAUGCACUAUGCUGAUGGCAAGACAUCUCCUUGCUUGAAUGUGUUGCCUAAUCAAGUUAAGGGAUGUUCGGAUCUUAAUACUUCGGCUUUUAUCGAACGCAUGAUCAAAGCUGAGAAUCCCGAUCUUAUUGUUUUCACAGGCGACAAUAUAUUUGGUUUAGAUGCUACCGAUGCUGCAAAAUCAAUGGAGGCUGCAUUUGCUCCUGCAGUGAUCUCCAAUAUCCCUUGGGUGGCUGUUCUAGGAAACCAUGACCAGGAAUCCACUCUUUCAAGGGAAGGAGUCAUGAAAUAUAUAGUCAAGAUGAAUAAUACCUUAUCUUUGUUGAAUCCUCCCGAUUAUCGAAAAAUCGAUGGAUUUGGAAAUUACAAUCUAGAGGUGGCAGGAGUCGAUGGCUCACCAUUCCACAACAAGUCGGUCCUUAACCUUUAUUUUCUCGAUAGUGGAGACUACUCAACCUCUCGGUUAAUUCCUGGUUAUGGCUGGAUCAAGAACUCCCAACAAUCUUGGUUUCUACGCACUUCUAGGCGAUUGAAGAGGGAAUACAUGGACCGCCCAGAGCCUCAAAAGGAAUCUGCGCCCGGACUUGUGUAUUUCCACAUUCCUUUACCGGAAUAUGCAAGUUUCGACAAAUCAAACUUUACGGGUGUCAAGCAAGAGGGCAUAUCUUCCCCGAGUAUAAAUUCAGGUUUCUUUACGAGUAUGGUAGAAGCAGGGGAUGUCCGAGCUGUUUUCACUGGACACGAUCAUAUAAACGACUUUUGUGGUAAACUGAUGGACAUUCAUCUUUGCUAUGCCGGUGGUUUUGGAUAUCAUGCCUAUGGACAGGCUGGUUGGGCUCGGAGGGCAAGAGUAGUGAGGAUAGAUUUGAAAAAAGAUGGUAAACGAGGCUGGGGAGCUGUCAAGUCGAUCAAAACGUGGAAACGUCUUGAUGAUCCCGACCUUUCUACUAUUGAUGCUCAAGUCCUUUGGAGCAAGAGCUCAAUUGGUUUUUAGUGGCAAUUGUUAACCAGCUAGUGGUUAGGCGGUGAUAAAGCUGGCGGCGACCCGCUGGCGUUGGUGGUUGACCUAACCGGCUAGGCGGCGUCGAGGGUGAGAAUGAUGACUGAUGAGUCCGUUCAGAAGCUUUUGUAUUUGGUCAUCAUGAAUUUGUAGAGUUAACGGUGAAUUGAACUAUUAUCUAUACUCCUAUACUUUCCAAUGUUAUUUCAAAGUCUUUAAUUAAGCCCAAUAUUUUCUUAAAUUGUAAAAUUGUAAUGCAUAAAUAAAGUAAAAAAAUAUAUAAACUUUAAUUUUGUAGUUGAAA